ACAACUUAGCUUUCCAUCAUCAUUUAGGGCAUUAAAUAAGAACACUACAAAAAAUUAUGUAUAAUCUCGUUAUUUAUUUAUUUAUUUAUUACUACUAUAUUUAAGCUCUUAUAAAAGCUACCCCACAUUUCUUAAAUCUUCUUUCUCAUUUCACAAUUUUCACAAAGGGUAUAAACAUGUACCAAGAAAUUCAGCAGUUUUAUCAUCUGUGGAGACUUGCUGUCCAAGAAAGAGACGAAGCAAGAGAGCUACUGAUGCAUUCACUCGCCGAAGUCUCUAAGUUACGGGAACUCUUCAACACUGUACUGUUGUCUGAAGGAGAGAUACCCGGUUACUACAUAGAAGCCGCAGAUGAAUCUACUGGUCAUCAGAACUGUAGUUACAAUCAUUUUACCGGAUAUUCUCCGUUGAAUUUUAGUGUCAAUUCAUCUCCGUUGGAUCUCAGCCUUCUGUCGAAUCAGAUGCGUUUUGUGGUUGAGAAUAUGAGAGAUUACGAAACCGUUGUGCUGGAGAUCAUCGGAGGAGUGUUGCCGGAAAACGGUAAGUUUUUGCAAGCCGUUAGUGAAGCUGGAUCGUUGGUUGAGUCAUUGUUCAUAGCCGGCCCGGUUCUUAGAUGGAUAAAUCCUCCGGUUCAGUUGUCCAGUCAAAGACCGGUUCUAAGUAAUAAUGUCACUAGUAAUAGUGGUUUGGAGUUUGGUUUAGUGUUCCAAGACCAGUGUCCCACUUCAGUUUGAUGUCCGAUUGAAAUUAUUUGGUUCGGUUACAUGUAAUGUUCUGAAUUCUCUCGUAUGGGUAUGGCUAAAGAAAUUGUUUGAUCCAAACAAAGAAUUCAUUUUGUCGUCUCUUUAAUUUUAUUUCUCCAUCUC